UGUUGCGGCGGCGGCCGCCGCGGCCCGGGGCCUGAGCGCCGUUUGUCGGCCGAGCGGAGCGUUGUGCGCGGGGCUGUGCCGGUCGCCUUCAGUCCUCAGUGUCGCGCUCCAGCGCCAGCCGCCGGGCCGCCAGAUGGUGGGGCCGGAGGAUGCUGGCGCCUGUCCGGGAAGGAAGCCCAGACUGUUCCCUCCGCCGGGGCCUGAGCCCGGGGGCCGCGACGGGAGGAUGAUCGGGGCCACGGGCGGCCCCGGGGGCGGCCGCGGUAGCUGCUGCCUGGAGCCGCAGGAGGAGGGGGAGGAAGAGGAGGAAGAAUCGGAGGAAGAGGACGAGGAAUCCGAGGAGGAGGAGGGGGCAACGCCGCCGCCUCAGCGGCUGAUUCAGCGUUACUUGGCGGUGGCCGGCGGGCAGUUGGAGCCGGGGCUGUGCCACUGCAGCCCGCUCGCCGGCAGCCAGGCCGGCCGGUCCCCGCCGCCGCCGGGCUCGGGCUCCCGGCUCUGCGGGGACGAGCCGGACGGGAAGCCCCCUCAGGGCGGCGGCCCGGGGCCCCCGCGCCCAAGGAUGACCAACGGCGACUCGGGUUUUCUGCUGGGCCCGGGCUGUCAGGACCUCGAGGCCGGCGGGCUGCCCCUGCCCGCCCGGCCCUGCCCGUCGUCGGCCCCCGAGAGAGGUGGGGGCGGCGGCGGGAGCUUCCUUCGCUUCCCCCGGGAGCCGCGCUGCUGCCGCGCCUCCAGCCUCCGCCGCCUGCCCGGGGCUGACGACGGCGGCGAGAGCCCGCCCGACGGGGCGACGCCGCUGGAGGACCCGCUCCGGAGCUGCCGCCUGGGAGCGGCGGAGCCGGCGGAGCUCGGCGACGGCUCAGAAGACGCCCGCGGAGGCCGGCAGUCCCCGCCGCCGGCCCGGCCCGGGGACCCCCAGCGCGGCGGGGGGCUGGAGGAGAGGACGCCGGGGGGGCUCCCCGCCGAGCCGGGUUUUCGCUUCACCGACGUGAACUUGAACUCUCGGAACACGUACGAGGUGAGCCGCCGACAGAGCGCCCCGGACUACUUGGCCCAGGCGGGGCUCCUGCUGCCCCCGCCCGCUUCGGAGCUGGGCCCGGCGGGGGCUGCGGCCAAAGCCCGGAGGAGCGGCGGCGGCGGCGGCGGCUUUGCGGACUUCUUCACCAGAAAUUUUUUUCCUAAAAGGACGAAGGAAUUGAAGUCUGCUGUCCAUAGUGCUCCUGGCUGGAAAUUAUUUGGUAAAGUCCCACCCAGAGAAAAUUUGCAGAAGGCUUCUAAAAUUAUUCAGCAGGAAUAUGAAGCACGAACAGGAAGGACAUGUAAACCUUCACUUCCAUCCACAAGACGUAAAAAUUUUGAAUUUGAACCACUUUCAACCACUGCUCUCAUACUUGAGGACCGACCAUCAAAUCUUCCUGCCAAAUCAGUUGAAGAAGCUUUACGUCAUAGACAAGAAUAUGAUGAAAUGGUGGCUGAGGCUAAAAAACGAGAAAUUAAAGAAGCACAUAAAAGAAAAAAAAUAAUGAAAGAACGGUUUAAACAAGAAGAGAAUAUUGCAAGUGCAAUGGUGAUAUGGGUCAAUGAGAUACUACCAAAUUGGGAAGGAAUGCGUAGUACAAGAAGAGUUCGAGAAUUGUGGUGGCAAGGACUGCCCCCUAGUGUUCGUGGGAAAGUAUGGAGUCUAGCAGUGGGAAAUGAACUCAAUAUCACUCCUGAACUUUAUGAAAUUUUCCUCUCCAGAGCAAAGGAACGAUGGAAAAGCUUCAGUGAAACAAGUACAGAGAAUGAUGUAGAAGCAGAUGUUGGUGUAUCUGUUGCUGACCGGGAAGCUAGUCUGGAAUUAAUUAAGCUGGACAUAUCUCGUACAUUCCCUUCUCUCUACAUCUUUCAGAAGGGUGGUCCUUAUCAUGAUGUCUUACAUAGUAUCUUAGGAGCAUAUACGUGUUACAGGCCUGACGUUGGUUAUGUCCAAGGGAUGUCCUUCAUUGCUGCAGUACUCAUUCUCAACUUGGAAGAGGCAGAUGCUUUCAUUGCCUUUGCAAAUCUCUUGAAUAAGCCAUGCCAGUUGGCCUUUUUUCGCGUAGAUCAUAGCAUGAUGUUGAAAUAUUUUGCAACAUUUGAAGUAUUCUUUGAAGAAAAUCUCUCUAAACUCUUUCUUCACUUCAAGUCUUACAGUCUUACUCCUGACAUAUACUUGAUAGACUGGAUCUUCACGCUGUAUAGCAAGUCACUUCCACUUGAUCUGGCCUGCCGAGUUUGGGACGUCUUUUGUAGAGAUGGAGAAGAAUUUUUAUUUAGAACAGGAUUAGGAAUCCUUCGAUUAUAUGAAGAUAUACUUCUGCAAAUGGACUUUAUUCAUAUAGCACAGUUUUUAACCAAACUGCCAGAGGACAUCACAUCAGAAAAGCUUUUCAGCUGUAUAGCAGCUAUUCAGAUGCAGAAUAGCACCAAAAAAUGGACACAGGUGUUUGCAUCUGUAAUGAAGGAUAUUAAAGAAGGGGACAAGAACCAUAGUCCAGCACUGAAAAGCUAAUCUUCACAAUUAAAAGACUAAUUGAAAUGUAGAAAACAAUUUAAUAAAAUACUUUUUUCUAUGUGAAAAACAGUAGAGAAAAAUAUUGGAGAAAUCCAGAAGAAUCAAGAGAGAUGGACAUAUGUUAAAUUUUCACUCAGUGGCAAAAGUUAGAUAAAUGGAUAUCCUGUUGCCAGUAUUAUUUUUAAAAAAGUAUUGUGUGGGGGAAACAGUUUUCACAAAGACAAACUUUGAAAGUUGCUAGUUCAUAUUCCAUAAUUUGAGGUAAAGAAUUUAACGCAAUAAAAUUUUAAAAUAAUUUUGGUUGGUACUUAAAGUUUUUGAGGCAUGAUUAUUUUCUUUUUAACAGUUACCAGAAAGGCACUUUUGGAGGUCAAAAGGGGGCAUGUUAAAUAGUCUGAACCCCAAACUACUUUAUGAACCAAACCCCUCAGUACAGAUAUACCUCCAGAUUUAACCAGUUGAAAAUAUUAUGGACCAAAUAAAUUUCUUUGUUGUCUAUGUGCCUAAGACUGAAAUAUUGGGUUAAACUUAUUUGGGUCACUGAUGUCAUUUAGUUUCAUCCAUCAGUUGGGGCAAAUAUGUGUAACUCAGGAACUGGAAAUGGUGGUAGAUUGUACUUCACUGGUUUCAGGUAUUUCUUUUCUGUAGUAGUUUAUGUUCAUUAUUGAAGAAAAAUUAUGUGGACAUUCCUUAAGAGAUUCUCACCAACAGAGGAAUGUUAGCCUUUCCAUUUCUAGUCUAAGAAAUGUUUUUAUUCAUGAAGUCAUAAAACACUAUGAAAAUGGCAAAAAAAAAUGGUGGAAGGAAAAGUUUUUCUUUGCACUUUAGUGGGCAGAAGUUUUGGCUUUGGUAGUCAAUCCAUAAGUGUUAGAGCGAGGUUUUACAGUGAUUGUUUAAUCACAGUAAAGAAACUACCCUAUUAUGUAAUGCUGACAGUUUUAAGUAGCAUGGUGCUUGGCAAAGACGUGACAUUCUUUGUACUUAAAAUCCUUCCACUGUUGAACAAUGAAAUUUUGUAAAUAUAGAUUUGACAUUUGAAACCUUAAUUUAUAGCUGAGUCAAUGACUUGCAAAAUAUGCUCUAGAUGACGAAAACCUAAUUUUUUUAAUCAAUGGAAAUGAAUGAUAGCAGUAAAACAAUUCAACAUUAACUUUUUCUAAUGAGUCAAACUUUGAUGAUAUUUAUUGUGUAUUGAUUAUGUUAAUCACUGGUAGACUUGAGAUCAAAUUUAUCACUACAACAUUUAAAUUUUGGAACUAAAAUGAAUCAUUUGAAUGUUAAGAGCAGUAUCUGCAUAACAUGCUACUUAUUUAAAGAAUGCUUUUAUGUUGCAAUUUGGUUUAUAACUACCUGUAAGCACAUUAUUUAUAUUGUUAAUAUGUAGUGUUCAAGCUAACAGUUCUGGUAUCCUUGUCAAUGUGGUGUCUGCCUCUUUAGGAACAGAGAACCUGAGAAUGCCCAUUUAUUUCCAACCCACUGUUUAUUCCAGCACUGUGAUGUGGGAGGGCCUCUCAGUAGUUAUUCCUAGUAGUGGAGCUUGCUUGGGGGAGGAAACCCCAGUUCCUGAAAUGAAUGACUAUAGUCAUUCUCUUCUUCCCAGUCACCUACUUUGUUGUGUUCUAUGGUCCUGGAAAGUAUUUAAUAGAGGGUAGAGGAGCAUUGAAUCCUGGCAGUAACCAUAUUGAGAAUACCACAUGUCUAAGUUAAAUUUUAUUUUUAUGUAUCCAUUUCUUUAGUUGGAACCAAGUUAUUUCUUCCAAUUUUGUUUUUAUUAUUGUACAGUUUCUUUACCUUUCAAUUAUAAGCUUGUAUAUAAAAAUGUAAAUACAAGGGAAACAUUAAAGACCACUAAUAAUAAUUCCUAUGUAAAUAAAAUUGUAAGCAGAGUAAUUACUUGAAAUGAGUCUUCAUUACUUUUGGGUUAUCUGCAUUAAUUAACAGAAGCUUGAAAAUAAUAAACUUUUUUUUUUGCCAAAUUUUUCUUGCUUAGCAUUGCCCCAGGCCUUUGGUCCUAAAGGACUCCCUGUAUUGGCAAUUGCAGUAGCUUACUGCAGUUGCCCUUGAGCCAUUUGUACACAGUUCAUAUUGUUGAUGUGUAAGCUACUUUAUUAAAAUUUUCUUUUCAAUGGAAAAUGUUUUACUAUGUCAUCAUAAUAAUGUGAAAUUUAAUACAGUAUGAUUUUUCUUGUAUACUUAUGCAAAGUAACUUUUUUAAAAAGUUGGCAGCACAUUUUCUUACUCCCAUUACUUUUUGUGACUGGGCAGCAUCCCUCCAGUUUACAAGCCGAGUAUUCUUACUCUAAAUGCUGCUAGAAGCACCCAGAGCUCUAGAAUUCUUAACAGCUCACGUUGAGAACAAGAUGCAAAUCUCUCAGACCGACUGUGUGUAGGUGCCCCAAGGCCAAAUCCCUUUAAAUGAUUAGUUUGCUACUCAGCUCUGAAGAGAUAAUGCAGCAUUAACAAGAAGUACUGACAUUUCUAAAGUCUCUGGGAUUAGUUUAACUACUUUUCCCGUAGCUUUGAAUUGGUGUUAUUUUUGUCUAGUUCAGUCCAUUCUCAAUAUAGCUGCACUAACUUGUGUGUUUCAAACUGGUAAUCCCAAAUAUUUUUUAACUGACAUUACACUGCAUUGUGAUGGGGGGGGCACAAGAAAUUUGCCUAUUUCUUGUCUUGCUAAGGUUGUUAUUAAAAUUAAUUUGCAUUCUGUGAGAGAACACAUCACCUGACAAGAGCAAAUUGAGAGUAAAGCAACCCUGAAGUCUGUGGUACAGGGAAGUCAGUCUGGAAUUUUAAAUUUGCUGGUGGAUAAUCUACCGUAUUGAUAAUGAAGAGUUGUAUCUAUGUGGCAUAAAUGAAAUAUUUAAAUUUAAUAUCAAACCAUACCGAGGUUUAAUAAAAAGCUGUCAUAGAUUCCCAAACAUAGUAAAACAUUAUUCAGUUGGACUUCACUGGAUCAGCGUUUGUGAAAAUUUGAAUAGAAAUGAUCUGCCUUUUAGUUUUCAAGGAAAGAGAGUUUAAACAAAACUUUAAAGAAAUUGUUUAGCUUCUUGUGAGAAAUGGAUUUAUCCAGGGCUUUUAGAAGCAUUCAUUAACAUGUAAUUUAAUUGCAAAGUGGCAGAGCCCACAGGUACUUAGGUAAUGCUUUAAUAUGCUAAUUAUAAAUCUUUGUUUAUUUGUUAAAAAUAAUGCUUCUUUCAUACCACUUUUUUAGGUUUACUUUAGUUCUGCACGUCCUAGAAAGAAGCAAAAUUUCAUUUCUUUGAAGAUAACUUUUCUAUGUUUUAUUAAUUUAGACUAGUUUUCCCAUAAUUAAUCCUAAUUAAUUAAUCCUAAUUAAUCAAAUUUUUCCACGUGCUGAAGGCUGAAUUUAUCGUUUUGUGACCAUUCCUAAGGAAAUCGACUUUCUGUUGCAUUGCAAAACCUUUUCAUUUUUUGACAUUAAGAAAAUUGGAAACUUUCAUGGUUUUAGUAAAAGUGACUUUUGUACAAUUACAAUGUAUUUGGAAGUCAAUUUUGUAAUAAACAUGUUAUGAUAAAAUUGAUACAGCCUUGAUAGUAAAUGUAAAAAUAGACAAGAAUUGA